AUGAUCAAAGAAAAAAUAGAAAAUCACUUCUACAACUAUUUUAAACAUAAUGAAUUACCAGAUCUUACAGAAGACAAUGAAUUCUGGAAAAUCCUUCAACCAAAAAAUACACACAAAGAAAUACUUCUAAAUAUUCUAGACAAACCCAAAGAAGAAGAAUGGAUCCCCAUCAUUAAACACUUGCCCUCAAAAAAAGCUCACGGACCUUCUAACAUCUCGUAUGAACAUAUAAAACAGGCUCAUUACAACAUGCAGAAAUUAAUUAUACACUUAAUAUCAUUGUGCUAUAAAAGCAACAAUAUUCCAGAAGAAUGGAAAACAUCACAUAUCUACCCAAUCCCAAAAAGAGAAGAUUGGGGAUACAAUAUUAAUAUUAUAAGACCAAUUGCUAUCAUUGAACCAGUCAAAAAACUCAUGACAAAAAUCUUAACAAUAAGAAUGGAAAAAUUAAUCAGAGAACACAAUAUUUUAAAAGGCUAUAACUUUGCUGCUCAAAAACACUCAUCACCACAAAUCCCAAUACAAAUAAUAAAUAACACUAUUGAACAUUGUCGGGAUACCAAAUCAGAAACAUGGAUAAUGUUCCAAGACAUGUCAAGGGCAUUUGAUAAUGUAAACAUUGAAAGACUGAUCAUUACUCUCAAAAGAAUAGACCUCCCAGAAAAUUUCAUAAAUUUGAUAAAAAAUAUUCAUACUGGAAGGAAAGCAAAAAUCAUUACUCCAUUUGGCCUAACUAACCCUAUAUCAAUUGAAUCAGGAAUUGAACAAGGAGAAACAUAUUCACCUUUAUUGUGGAAAUUAUAUUAUGAUCCUAUAUUACAAUACAUACAAGAAAAUGCACACAAUAACUUACUAACAAUCCAUAGCAAGUCACCAUCAGAGACUUUACAUCAGAAAUCACAAACAACAAUCACUAUCCCCCCACUUGCAUUUGUUGAUGAUGUAUCAUGGAUUGCCAAUUCCAGAAGUGCCAUGAAAAAUAUAUUGGAAAUUACUCAACGGUAUAAUAUACUAAACAACAUCCAAGUCAAUUUAAAAAAAUCAGAUUUAUUAAUUCUAAAUUCAACACAUGAUGAUCUUACCCUUAACAAUGAUCAAACAAUUUCUGUUACAAAAAAUAAACCCAUCAGGUACCUGGGAGUUUACUAUGACAAUAAAGGCAGCAGUAAACCCACUUUUGAAAAAAAUAAUAGAAAAAAUCAAAAUAUUUACCAACAUCAUAAAAUAUAA